AUGGAAAAAAAAGUAAAAGCAAAAAACAAAAAGAAAGAAAUUUUUGAAAAGAAAAAAAAAGAAAACAUAAAAUUUUUAAAAUAUGUAAAAACAAACCAAAAAUUUGAGAAAUUUCAAAAGGCCAUUUUAAAUAGCAAAAAUCAAAAGAUAAAUCAUAAUAAUAAAAAAUUACCACCAAAUAUUAAAAUUAAAAAUAAAGAUAUCUCAUGUACUAGUCUUAAAAUUUAUGGGGAUAUAAUAGAACCAAAUACCUUUUCGAAGGCAUAUGAUUUUAUUUUUGACAAAGUAGUAAAUGAUCAAGUUGAAAAUUUGUUUUAUGAUACACACAUAUUAUACUGCCAUUUUGAUUUAUCUUCUAGCUAUAAUAUAGGAAAGUCCUAUAACUUUCCCAUUAACUUAGUCCAUUCCUAUUACUCAGGCGUAAUAAUAUUCGUUACUGAGAACAGCGAAAAAUGGAGAAACAUGAUUAUUGAAAAUAAAUUGAAAAGAGUCAAAAAGGUUAUCACGUAUGAUAAAUUCGAAGAUGUCUACUAUAAAGAAGAACAACUGAAUGAGCUUAUAGAAAAAUACGACUUAUACAUAUUUGACUCUUCCCUGAGAACAAAAAAAUAUACCAACAUGAUUUCAAAAAUUAAGAAAACGAACAAAACUUAUACUACUUUGCAAUUAAAUGAAGAUAAUUUUGUUGACAAUAUUGAGAAAGUUGUUAAGAGGACGUACACAGACUUGAACAAGGGAUCUACUCACUCUGUCCCUAUAGGAUAUUUCAGUCUUGGAAAGGAAAAAUUAUAUGACAAUAUAAAGGAAGCUACAAGAAUAAUGCUUCAAUUUUAUGAGCAGAAAAAUAUAUCAGUAGUUUCUAUCAAUUUGAGGUACAUGAACAUGACCAUCCCUGUGUAUAUACAUGCCUUAAAGGAUGGAAUGACGUUAUAA